UCUGUAAUAUAUGUAAUAUGAAGUAUAGAUUUUCAGUACUUGAAUAUACAAUAUUCAGUGAGUGUGAGAGCGCAGGAUAUAUUCCAGUGAGCUUUUCUAUGUUAACGCACAUGGAAAGAGAGCAUUGAUAAUAUAAUUUUGUUGACAACGGUAGACAUCAUGUGUGCGAAAAUGCAGGCCACUAAAUUUAAAUAGAAUAGAGGAAGCAGUUAUAUGAAAACGAAAACAGUCCGAUCAUAGAUGCCCGAAUGACAUGCCAGACCGCAGUAGAUCGCGAUAUAUAGUUAUUCGACGUAAUACGGUGGGGAUAAAAUCGACCGAAAUAUCGUUCUUGUGUGUUCUGGGGCGGAAGACGAUGACAUCGCUGGGCCAUUCUCACUGCUUCAAGUGUCGUGUUGAGUUUGUCUACGAAUGAUCUCUUCAUUGUUAACACAUUAAGAAAGAAAGAAAAGGCAAGAAAUGAUGGAAAACAAUACUAAGUACAUAGUGAUACCUCUCCACCAUCGGCCUGAUUUGAUUACAGAUUGUUGUAAGUUACUUAAUUCUGAAUGGCCUCGAAGCGAAAAUGCACGAAUGAAAUCUCUGAAUGUGUCUUGCGAUAAUUUUCCUACGUGUCUAAUUCUGGUUAACGCUGAGAACAAGGUCCUUGGACACUGUAAAGUAUCUUUGGUGACUAAAUCGAAAGUUAGUUGCUUCAUAGAAUCUGUUGUAAUCGACUAUCGCUGUAGAUCUCGAGGAUUAGGAUCUAGAUUGUUGCGUGGCAUGGAAGAAUACGUGGCGAAAAGGGGUCUAAAGAAUAUUUACUUAAAGACAGACGGCCAGGAAGUGUUUUAUUUUAAGAAUGGAUACAAGGUGUGCGAUCCGUUUAAAGCGUAUGGCAUUAACGACAUCAUAACUGCUAGUCCACCCUUCGGUAGGACAAAAUUCAGAGAACAAAAUGGCGAUCAUUCUGCUAGACAACCACUACCGCCACCGCCGUUACCGUUACCAUUACCGCUGUCGUCGUCAUCAUUGUCGCUGACGCCGCCACCGCCGCCACCUCCAAUGCCAGCAUUUCAACUAUCGAAAUUUUUCGAUAUGCGAAUGUUGUCUAAGAAAACACAUAUGGUAAAGAAAUUGUGAUACUAGCAUUAUAUUCUAAAUACUUUAUGACGAAAUGCUUGUCAUAUAUAUCUUGUAUUCGUUGACUCCACUAUUCAUGAUGAUUAAUGAAGUUACUAAGUACUUUCAGAUAAAUAUAAUUAUCUAAUAGAACAUAAAGAAACAGAAUUAAUCAUAACAACAAACAAAACAAACGAUUUAGCGUAUUAUAUUUUUAGACAGAACUUUG